GCCACCGCCAGCCAGUUCCCCUCGGGAUCCCUCCAGAUCCACCCUCUCUCCCUCGAUUUCCUGAUCGGGCCAACCACCUCCUUCACUCGAUCCACCCAAUCCUGCAACCGAGGCCCUGAGCUCCUCCCGCUCGAUUCCUCCUCGAGCACCUCGUGCCCGACUGCCGCUGCUCCUCAGGCGCCACCACCGGCAACCAUACCUCGCCGGAGCUCGUCCGCGAGCAGGACCGCCGUCACCCUCUCCUUCCUUUUUUCCCUCUGUUUACCCUCUUCUCCACUUCACCUCAGCGUCUCUUGUUCUUCAGGACGAACAGGAGCCUCGCCAUGGCCACCGGAUGGAGCUCCACCGCCAUGGAUUCUCCCCUCCGCGCCCCAGAUCCGGCCUCUCCGUUGGAUCCCGCCGUCGUAGUCCCGUUCCUCGCCGUCCAGGACCUCUCCCAUCCGCCAAGCUCCCCGUCCUGCUGCCUGAGUGCCCACGGGACCACGUCAAGCAGAUGGUCGCUGCCCAGCCUUGCAGAUGCUUCGUCGCCUUGACUCCAGGGAACCGAGCCACCAUAUCCGUCGCCCUCGUUUUCCUCGCCAGGAGACUGACUGCAGCCUCCUACCGUCGCUCGGGUCCGCGCCGCUUCGUCUCCGGCCCCUGCCCGCCGGAGUUGUGCCUCCAUGUGCCCCGCAGCCCCGUCGCCUCGCUCCUCUGCAUCGAGCCCCGCUCGACCCGACAGCUUCGCCCAGCGCCCCCUCGAGCUAGCCCCGCCGCCAAGUCCAGCACCGCGCUGCCGCGAGCCGCCUCUUUCCUUUGGAUCCCCGUCGACCCUUCGCCCCGCUCGCCGGAGCUCUGUUCCCAGCCACCGGCGCCCUGCUCGCCUCCUCUGCUUCGUUCGAGCAGGGAGGACGACGCCUCCGCUCACUGCUUUGACCGCGCCUUCCUCGCCUGCGUGGACCGCGACCACGACUUCGGUCCAGCAUGCCCCUGCAGCCCAGCCUCUCCACCAGCCGGCCGUGUGGCCCAUGUUUCGGUAAUGUUGCGAUUGUGAGGAUUCGUUCGACUACUCCCGUUCGUCUUCUUCAU